GAAAGUUCAGUGGGAUGACAUUAUAUUCCAGAAUAAUGGACCAAAAUCUCUGGGAACAGGGGACAAAUCCCAAAUGGAUAUUUUAGGAGGCAGUAGUUUCUGUGGAAUGAAAUUGGGGAUAUACAAGGGGGUCAAAGUAGCGGUAAAGUCUUUGAAAAUAAGAAAACUUCAUAUAUCGAGAAAUGUCCUUCUAGAGUUGAAACAGAUUAAGGACAUUACACAUGACAAUCUGGUUCGAUUUGUUGGAUUCUGUCCAGAUGAACCAUACAUUGUCCUAAUUUCAGAAUUUGUCUCCAGAGGAAGCCUAAGGGAUCUUUUGGAUAACGAUACUUUCAAGACUGACUGGCCAUUUCGGUUUUCAAUUAUUAACGACAUUACAGAGGGACUAGCGUUUCUUCACCAAAGCCCUAUCAGUUUCCACGGCCGUCUGAAGUCAACCAACUGUGUGGUGGAUGGAAGAUUUAUGGUCAAGUUAACAGACUUUGGACUGAGAUCUCUAUUAGCACAAGUUGACAGGGAUUUACAAUAUAUUCAGCACUUUCCUACCACAGAUUCAUUAUUGUGGACAGCUCCUGAACAUCUUCGGAAUGAUAUCUUUGGUUAUCAAGGUUCACAAAAGGGUGAUGUCUACAGCUUUGGUAUCAUUCUACAAGAAAUCGUCACUAGGUUAAAACCCUUCGAGAGUAUUGAAAAGGAGAACCAUGUCUACAAACCCGAAGCAAUAAUCUACCAAGUGAAAAUGGGAGCCAUACCACCAUUCCGUCCUGAGAAGUUUCUUGUUGAUCACCCAGUAGAUUUUCUGGAUAUGCUGAAUCUUUGUGUCCAUGAAAACCCAGCCUCAAGACCAAACUUACCCUCUAUCAAACAGCAAAUGAAGAGAAUUACCGAGGGAAUGGGAAGUGGAAACUUUUUAGAUAAUCUCUUAACACGAAUGGAGCAGUAUGCCACGAACUUGGAGCAACUGGUGGAGGAAAAAACUUCUGCUUUCUUGGAAGAAAAGAAAAAAAGUGAAGAACUGCUCUAUCAAGUCAUCCCUAGGUAUAUAGCUGAACAGUUAAAAGCUGGACAUCACGUUAAACCUGAAACUUUCGAAAGCGUGACUAUCUUCUUCAGUGACAUUGUGGGCUUCACAGCACUCUCCGCGGAGAGCUCAGCAAUGCAGGUCGUCGACCUCUUGAAUGACCUAUACACGACUUUUGAUGCCAUUAUUGGAAACUAUGAUGUGUACAAGGUUGAGACUAUCGGAGAUGCCUAUAUGGUCGUGUCAGGUCUACCCGUUUUGAAUGGUAAUGAACAUGCUAGGGAGAUUGCACGCAUGUCCCUUAGGCUCAGAGAAGCUAUCCACAACUUCAAGAUCCGCCAUCGUCCGGGACGAAAAAUGCAGAUCAGAAUUGGUAUACACACUGGUCCUUGCGCUGCUGGUGUGGUUGGUUUGAAAAUGCCACGUUACUGUUUAUUCGGUGACACAGUAAAUACAGCUUCUCGCAUGGAAAGCAGUGGAGAAGCAAACAGGAUCCACGUUAGUCCUACCUCUAAGACUAUCUUAGACACCUUUCAAACAUUCAUCAUUUCAGUUCGAGGGGAAGUAGAACUAAAGGGAAAAGGGAAAGUAGUCACCUACUGGCUGGAAGGAGAAGCUGUUGAUGCCCUAAUGACCAACGCAGAUUUUUUUCAGCAUUUAGAAUCAGAAAUUAUGAACGAAUUCCCACCUUCUAACAACUGUUUCAUACAACCGGUGUGCUGAUUUCUACUUGUUACUUGUAACUAACAUUCGUGACUCCUACGUCUUAAAAUUAAUUAUGUAUCUUUUUAAUAACUCUUAC